AUGGCCCCGGCUGGGACGGGGCUCGUCCCCCUGCUCCUGGCCGGUCUCGCCUCGCGCCUCGCCCUGCUGAUCUGGGCCGGCUGGCAGGACACCCACAUGGCGGUCAAGUACACCGACAUCGAUUAUUUUGUCAUCACAGAUGCUGCCCAGGCAGUGCUGGCGGGGGGAUCGCCCUAUGACCGGGCCACGUUCCGGUACAGCCCCCUGUUGGCCUGGAUGGCCCUGCCAAACCACCUGCUGCACCCCUCCGCCGCCAAGGUCUGCUUCUGCGCAGCCGACCUUGGUGCAGCCUGGUUGAUGGCCUGCCUUCUGGAACGCAGGCGUGCUCCCGUUGCCUGGGUCAAGGCAGGCUUGGCGGUGUGGCUGUUCAGCCCCUUCACCGCCGUGAUCUCGACCCGGGGCUCGGGCGAGGCGCUGGUGACGUGCAUGCUGCUGGGUAUGCUGUGCCUGCUCGACGCCGGCAGACCCCUGCUCGCCGGGCUCUGCUACGGCCUGGCGGUGCACUGGCGGCUUUACCCCAUAAUCUAUGCGCUGCCCUUGCUGCGAAACCUGGCCAUGCGGCGGGGGGCGCGCCUGCUGAGCAUCCCCGGCAUUGUGUUUGGGGCGGCGGCCGCAGCAGCCUUCUUGACACUGGGCGGUCUUGGGUAUCACCUCUACGGGCACUCCUUCCUUCAGGAGACCUACCUCUACCACCUUGGAAGGGUGGACCCGCGCCACAACUUCUCGCCCUUCUUCCUGCCGACGUACCUGGCGUCAGGCGGCGGCGCUGGCAUCAGCAUCGGGGGGGUGUUUGGUGCUGCUCAGGCCCUACUCAUCACAGUCCUUGGCUGGCUCCACGCAGCAGAUUUGCCCUACGCCAUGCUCCUCCAGACCCUGGCAUUCGUGACUUUUAACAAGGUUUCCACGGCCCAAUAUUUUGUCUGGUAUGUCUCUCUACUCCCCCUGGUGUUACCUCGUCUUGCUGCAGCCCACAAUCGGGGCCAAUUGCUCUGGGCAGCAGGCAUGUGUUCCGCCGCCAUCGCCCAUUGGCUUGCCUGGGCAUACGCUCUGGAGUUCCUGGGAUGGUCGGUCUUUCUACCUGUCUGGGUGGCGGGGCUGGGUGUAUUGCUUGCCAAGUCUUGGCUGCUGGCCUGCCUGAUGCCUGUCCCGCAGGGACAGGCCUCAGAUGGCUUCCUGUACGGGAAAGCCUGUAAGAAGAAGAUCACCUGA